CGCGCUCCCGCUCCUCUUUCAAUUCCUUCAGAGGGGGAACAAAAAAUAAUAAAAUUCGCUGCCCACGGGGUCGCCAAAAUUAAACUUUUAACACAAUAAAAAGCCUUUUUUUCUUCCUUUUACGCCUUAAAGUCGCACAGCAUCGCUCGGUACUUCGACCAUGGGGAGGAAAUCCAACAAAGCGAAAGGGAAGAAGCAGAAGAGGCUGGAGGAGCGAGCCGCCAUGGACGCGGUGUGCGCCAGAGUGGAGUCGGCCAAUAAGCUAGAUGACCCUUUAGCUGCUUUUCCAGUUUUCAAGAAAUACGACAGAAAUGGGUUGAAUCUUGCUAUCGAGUGCCAGCGUGUCUCCAUGCUCAAGCCCGGCACAGUUGACUGGGCCUACGAGCUCACGAGAGCCAACAUGCAGACCCUGUACGAGCAGAGCGAGUGGGGCUGGAAGGACCGGGAGAAACGUGACGAGAUGACGGACGAGCGCGCGUGGUACCUGACCGUGCGCGACGCUGACUCCUCCCCCCUCGCCUUCUCUCACUUCCGAUUUGACGUGGAGUGCGGGGAGGAGGUGCUGUACUGUUAUGAGGUUCAGUUGGAGAGCAGGGUACGAAGGAAAGGACUGGGGAAGUUUUUAAUACAGAUUCUUCAACUCAUAGCAAACAGCACACAGAUGAAGAAAGUCAUGCUAACGGUAUUUAAACACAAUCACGGAGCCUACCAGUUUUUCAGAGAAGCUUUACAGUUUGAGAUUGACGAGAUGUCACCCAGCAUGUCUGGUUGCUGUGGAGACGAUUGCUCUUACGAGAUUCUGAGCCGGAAAACGAAACACGGAGAAGCGCAGCAUUCCCAUGGGGGGGGGCACUGCGGGGGCUGCUGCCAUUGAGGGAGGAGGAGGGGGAGGGGGCAAUUCACCUGUCCCAGCCCAGCCCUUCAUCACCCCCCCACCCCCCUCCAUCCAACCACACUGUCUGUGCCAGAACCGAAAUUCAGAAGAAAUCCAGGGCUGGGAACGAGACUCCCGCUGCACAGCAGUGUGAUCCAGUCCUGGUUUCACUGGGAGUUUAAUAAUCAGACACACCUGAGCUUGUUAGCUAGACACACUGGGGGCUGAUCAAGCUGGUAGCAGUGAAACCUGGACUGGAUCACGCUGCUGUGCGAUAGGAGUCUUGUUCCCAUUGCCCAAAGGGAAUUUUAUACUGUUUUCCUUGGGUGCUAUUUUGGCGAGUGGGAGAGCUGAUCCAAAAUGGUGCCCUGUGCAUUUUCAGCUCAGUUUUGGGGAGGGCUGGGUUGGGGGGGUAACUUCUCCUUCUAUUCCUCUCAACCUGGGGGGGCGGGGGGCGGGGGGCGGUCAAUUCCAGUAUUUCAGUUCCUUUUUAAAAUCAAUUCCCAUUCCUUUUCAUCCAUUCCGACAUCGAAACUUGCAAUCUCUCGCAGCAGCGUCAGCCAUGCAUUAAUUCAACUGAAGUCGCUGUUUGUCACUCAAUUCCAGCAAUUUAUUAUCAUUAUUAUUAUUAUUAUUAUUAUUAUUAUUAUUAUUAUUAUUAUUAUUGCUCUAAAAUAUUAAUGACAACUCUUUGGAUGGAAAUGGAAUUAGAAAUUGAUUUUUUUUAUAAUUUUUUUUCAAGUAAAACAGAAUUGGAAUGAACUCAGAACCGAUUCACAAAAACAGAGACCGUACAAAGAGACCGGUCCUGCCUUCUGCCUUGUUCUGGGUUCUGUUAAUAUUCAGAACCGGGUCUAGAUCGGGCCGAAUCCACUGACUCCUUUCAGACCUGCUCGUAAAGACAAAAUACAAACAGUUCCACUUGUGUGCAG